AUUUUCAACGGCGAAUCCAAAUACAGCGUCACCUUCGAAUGGGACGACCAGAUCGGAGUUCCCGGCGCCAUCAUUGUCAGGAACAGCCACGAGAACCCUUUCUAUCUCAAGACCAUCACUCUUCACCUCAAAGAAGAGCUCGGCGAAGACAUCGUCUUCGUCUGCAACUCCUGGGUCUACCCCAAAGAACGUUACGACUACGAUCGUAUCUUCUUCAGUAACAAGUCCUAUCUUCCUAGUGAAACACCGGAGCCACUGCGCUUUUACAGAGAACAAGAACUGGUGAACUUGAGAGGGGAUGGAACAAAGGAGCUCAAGGAGUAUGAUAGAGUCUAUGACUAUGCUUUCUACAAUGACUUGGGUAAUCCUGAUAAGGGUCCACAGGAUGCUCGCCAAACCCUCGGAGGGUCUAGCGAGUUCCCUUACCCUCGCAGAGGAAGAACUGGAAGACGACCCACCAGGACAGAUUCUAGCUGCGAGAGUGGGAUACCUCUUCCGCUGAGUUUAUCCGUUUAUGUUCCACGAGAUGAACGAUUUGGUCACUUGAAGAUGUCGGACUUCCUUGCUUACGGACUGAAAUUUCUAGCUCAAGACAUCGGACCUGCGCUGGAAGGAUAUUUUGAUGGCACUGAAGAGAUUGAUAGCUUCAAAGAACUAUUUGACAUGUUUGAGGGAGGACUUAAGCUACCACCUCAAGUGCUCGAUGCAAUCCGGAAAAGCAUGCCUUUGGAGCUGCUUAAGGAAAUUUUCCGAUCUGAUGGUGAAAACUUCCCCAAAUUCCCUAAGCCUGACAUCAUUAAAGAGGAUAAAUGGGCAUGGAGGACUGAUGCUGAAUUUGCAAGAGAAACAGUGGCUGGAGUGAACCCUGUCGUCAUUCGUCGUCUCGAAGAAUUCCCACCGACGAGCAAAUUGGACCCGAGUUUGUAUGGGGAUCAGAAUAGUAAAAUUACCGAAGACCUCAUUGAAAAGAACUUGGAAGGGUAUAACGUAUACCAGGCACUAUAUGACAACAAGUUAUAUAUAUUGGACUACCAUGAUGCGUUUAUGCCAUACCUGAGGAAGAUAAACACGACUGCUACCAAGAUUUAUGCCACCAGAACACUGUUUUUCCUGAAAAACGAUGGCACUUUGAAGCCAUUGGCCAUUGAAUUAAGCUUACCGCAUAAAGACAGUGAUCGGUAUGGUGCGGUUAGCAAAGUAUAUACCCCGGCCUCAGAAGGCGUUGAAGGGACCCUUUGGACAUUGGCCAAGGCUUAUGCAGCUGUAAAUGAUUCUGGCUACCAUCAGCUCAUUAGUCACUGGUUGAAUACGCAUGCUGUGGUUGAGCCAUUUGUGAUAGCAACGAACAGGCAGCUGAGCACAAUCCAUCCGAUUUACAAACUCUUGCAGCCUCACUUCCGUGACACUAUGUUCAUAAAUGCACUUGCCAGGCAGACUCUCAUCAACGCCGGAGGCAUUCUGGAGAAAACCGUUUUUCCUGGGAAGUUCGCGUUAGAGAUGUCGGCUGUAGUUUAUAAGAAGAACUGGGUUUUCACUGAGCAAGGACUCCCAGCAGAUCUCAUUAAGAGAGGAGUGGCAGUCAAGGAUUCGAGCGCUCCGCGUGGUCUUCGCCUGCUGAUACCGGACUACCCCUUUGCGGUAGAUGGGCUUGAGAUCUGGUCUGCAAUAUAUCAAUGGGUUGAAGAGUACAUCGCUUUCUACUAUAAGAGCGAUGACGCUGUUAAGAAAGACACGGAACUUCAGGCAUGGUGGAAGGAACUCAGAGAGGUCGGUCACGGCGACAAGAAGAAUGAGCCCUGGUGGCCCAAACUGCAUACCCGUCAUGAGCUGGUGGAAUCAUCAACCACACUCGUAUGGAUUGCUUCUGCCCUCCAUGCCGCGGUCAACUUUGGACAAUACCCGUAUGCAGGGUUCCUUCCAAACCGCCCCACAGUAAGCCGCCGAUUCAUCCCUGAAGAGGGCACUCCAGAAUACGAGGAGCUUAAGACAAACCCCGACAAGGCCUUCUUUAAGACAAUUACCUCGGAACUGAUGGCCAUCCUCGGGGUUUCCCUCAUCGAGAUUCUGUCAAGGCAUGCUUCUGAUGAGGUCUAUCUUGGCCAAAGGGACACUAAGGACUGGACUGCGGAAACUGAACCGUUGCAGGCCUUUAAGAAGUUUGGGGAGAAACUGGCUCAAAUUGAGGACAGAAUUCUGAGCAGGAACAAUGAUGCUAAUCUUAAGAAUCGGGUCGGUCCAGUCAAGUUUCCGUACACUUUGCUUGUGCCUUCAAGUAAGGAAGGACUAACUGCCAGAGGAAUUCCCAACAGCAUCUCAAUAUAAGAAGUUUCUCUCCUUGUGUUGUUCUUAAAAGUGUCCGUGUGUUUUUGUGUCAUGUUUCAUAGUUUGUAUGUUGUUUUUCAGCUUCUUCUCCACUUUGAUGAAGUAAGAACUUCAUGUAUGUGUGUGUACAAAGGCCUCAGGCUUUUGUAUUACUAAAUAAAUUGCUUUGAGCAAUAUGUUUCAUAAUGUAAAAAUCCCAUAAAUAAAAUGUGGAAGCUUUAAUAUGCUUUUAUUAAA